AAGGCGUAGAUAGUGGCCUCAUUGACGGCGUCCAUUUGCAUGAAGACCAGGACAAAGAGCAGAAAGGCCUGAUGUGUAAGGACAGCUGUGCUAUGAAAGAAAUAUUUCUCCGCUAUCCACAUCUGUGCCGCCGGCUAUGUGACUGAUUAUUUUUGGGGCCGUUGUGAGUCGGCGUGCCCCCGGGAGGCAGGGGGACCAACAAGGGCCUCUGUUUCUUGAGUGUCCAACCCCCCCUCCCUCGACCCCUUCCCAUGUCCACUUCUCCUUCCCACCAGCAGCACUCUUGUUUUGCUCUCCUCUGCGGAACCUGAAGACAGCAACUUGGAGCGAUCAGCUCACUCAUAAACGUGUCAGUUGACUCUCCAUCAGCGAAGGGGGGGGGGGGGUUCUUGAUGGUUUCCAUGGAGCAACGGUCCGACGAGCGGGUCCCCGACCGGGCGAGGCAUGCCAUUCUUCCCCACUUAGUCUGACUCGAGGCUAUUGUGGAGCGCAACAAGUGGCUCUCUGAGGAGGAAGAAAGGGGAGGGUUCAGGGUUCAAACCCCAGCCUCCCGUCGGGACUCCCUCUCUCUGUUGUCCAAUUUGUACAGCCACAAAAAGAGCCGCCGUCUCAUCCAUGAGAACAUCUUGUGGGAGGGAAGGUUAAGGAGAAGCACGACCUGUUUGUCCCACCCUGACGUUUUUUUCCUUCAGGCUUUCUCGGUGAAGAUCAGACGCCAAAGAUGGAGUACGCCACCACGGAGCUGCCGUCCAAUCAGACGUUACCAAACUGCACGGUGGAGUCGGCGACGGAGAACGUCCUCUUCGGGAGCUUCUACAUCCUGAUCUUCUUCCUGGCGCUCAACGGCAACAGCCUGGCGCUGUGGAUCUUCUCCCACCAGCGCGGCACGUCGUCCCCGGCCAAUAUCUUCCUGACUCACCUGGCUGUGGCGGACCUGUCUUACGUGGUCAUCCUCCCCCUGAGGGCCACCUAUCACCUCACGGGGGGUCACUGGCCCUUUGGCGAGGUGCCCUGCCGCUUGGCGGGCUUCCUUUUUUACGUCAACAUGUACGCUAGCUUGUACUUCCUGGCGUGCGUGGCGGGCGACCGCUACCUGGCGGUGGUCCACGCCGUCCGCUCGCUCAAGGUGCGGCGUACCCGCUAUGCCCACAUCAUCAGUUUCAGUUUGUGGGCGUUGGUCACCAUCGCCAUGGCGCCCCUGCUGGUGACCCACCAGACACUGGAGGUGGACGGCACGACCGUUUGCUUGCAGCUCUACCGAGAGAAAGCGUCCCGCAAGGCGCUGGUUUCCCUUGCUGUGGCUUUCACGCCGCCCUUCCUCGUUACGUUGUCCUGCUACCUGCUCAUCAUCCGCAGCCUGCACCGAGGGUCUCGGUUGGAGCCCAGCCUAAAACUGAGGGCGCUGCGCACCAUCGGUUUGGUCAUGCUCAUUUACGUGGUGUGCUUUCUCCCUUACCACGCCAGCCGCGCCACCUUCAUCCUGGGCUACGGCUACCCGGAUGCGUCGUGCCGGACACGCCGAGGCCUGAGCCUGGCCAACCGGCUCACCUCGCUCCUGACGUGCCUCAACGGCGCCAUGGAUCCACUCAUCUAUUUGUUCGGAGCGGAAAAGUUCCGUGGCACCUUGAUACGACUGCUGUGCAAAGGCAAGGCGGCGGGGGCAUCCGGGGCGACCAGCGUCGAGUUGAAGGGGACCCACGAGAGCUCUGUGAGUGCCAAGUCAGAAUUUUGAACUGGAUCUGCCAAAUGAGUCCCAAACAUUGUUUCUGUGACUUCCAUGCAGCAACCAACCAGCUUUUUCCCAAAAGAACUUCUGUUCAAAAAGUUGUUUGCCAGUUAUCGCAGAAAGAGAUAGAAAGGCGGAGCAAGAGAGGGCUGGCGAGGUCACUGAUUUUGCAAAAUUAGCUUGGAUUCCUCGGGGCCAGGCCAGAUAAUUGAGUUUUGGGUAUUUUCCGAUUAUUUUUUUUCCAGAAAUUAUUUUCCACAUUUCACACUGUUCUCUGUAACGAAAUAUAUGGAAUCAGCUUUUUCUGGAAAUUAAA